GGGAUAGCAACACUACGGGACAACCAGGAGGUGGCCAAACAUUACUAUAUCAUCUCAGUCACAAGACCUCACAAAGACAAAGAAUAAACGCCGGAAGCCAUUCCCCAACAAAUUCUUGAUAAUCAGCAAGUCAUGAGAGUUGAAAUAGUAGACAACCGACCUGAGGAUGAAACCAGAGCUACUCUAGUCGAGGAUGUCGAGGAGGUGCACAUUGACGAUAAAGAUCUAAGCCGAAAGACGCAAAUUGGAACUCGAUUGAGUUUGGAGGAAAGAGCAGAGCUAAUAGCUUUUCUCCGCGCUAACAACGAUGUCUUUGCUUGGAUUUCGACAGACAUGCUAGGAAUUUCAGCCUCGGUAUCUCAGCAUAAGCUCAGCACCAAUCCAUUGAAGAAAUCAGUAGCUUAGAAGCGACGCCUCUUUGGGGAGGAGAGGUUAAAAGUCAUAAAGGAAGAAGUUGAAAAGCUCUUACAAGCUAGCUUCGUCAAACAAGUCGAUUAUUGUGAAUGGGUUGCCAAUCCUAUGUUGGUAUAAAAAGCAAAUGGCAAA